AUGGCUCGGCAAACGAGUAGCAGUCUGGACUCAGGUGCUGCGAAUGCUGAGGCCGGCAUUUCGCGGCUCACCUGGAAUAGAUUCCAGACCAUCCACAAGAAGCGAGGUCUGUCUCCAUCUGGUCUGUCACAGCUGUGGAAGGCCUACAAGGCGGGGACCUAUUCAGUCCCGGAGGAGCUCCUGCCAGCGGCAGCAGCAUCUGACACUAAUUGCCUGCAGCCUGCCGCUUCAUCGCAGCAGUGGUGGAUGCCAUGUUGCAGGGACCCCAGGACGGCAAUGAUGACGACGACUGAAAGAAUGGCAACUACAGCGGCAUUCGAAGCGGCUGUUGAAGUGGCUGCUGCUGAAACCGCGAUCCCGGUGCCGACAGCGGCAUCUGGCGAUCCAGCGUCUGUGUCGGGAUUGGUAACACCAGUAGUAGCAGUAGCAACAGCGACGGCGACGGCGGCCGUCAGCAAGCGUCUGGUGGCAGCUGCCUGGGGACUUGCACCGAUGACAUGGAAGCCCGCUGCUGCUGCUGCUGCUGCCGCCACCCCCCUAGGUUUGUCCUCUGCUACUGCCGCUGGCUGGCGUAGUGCACGGUCCGAAUCUGCAGUGUCAUCCAAAGCCGACCGAGGGUGCAGCACCGGGCUGCAGCAGCAGCAACGACAGCGAAAGCAGCAGCAGCAGCAGCAGCGGCGGCGGCGGCGAAAGGUCCUUGAGCCACUGCCGUCAUCACCAAUACAACAGCCAAUGCCACAACGGCGACCCCGGACGCACCGGAAGCAGCUUUCAUGUCCGGUGGUGAUACCCGUCGAUGUGAUUGACCUCUGUGAUAGUGACGAAGGAGGUGAACAAAAUCUGGUGGAAAGGGCCAGCGGCGGUUGCAGCAGCGGCCUGGGAGCCCCUGUCUCCCCAUCGGGUCUGGUCCGGGGGGCUGUCAGAGGUGCUGGUGAAGGCGACGGCGGCGGCGGCGGGCGAGUUAUCUUAGACGUCACAGACGCCGCAGAGGAGGAGGAGGAGGACACUGCUACCAGCAAUGUCGCCGCAGCGGCUGAGGAAGCAACAGCACCAGCAGCAUCACGGCCCGGCCGUGGCGGUAGCGGCGGUGGUCAUCACUCAAGCCAUGCCGACAGCACUGACGUUGUUGUCAUGAUGGUAGCGGAACGAGGUGCGCAGCACGGCAGCGCCCACGCCUGCGGUGCCGCUGCCGUACCGCCGCCGCCGCCGCCGCCGCCAGCCCGACACCGCCGUCGCAAUCACAAGGCCCAUGAAUCCAACACCGUCAAUCCUGCUCUGCAGAGUGAUGCAGCCGUCAUCGCAGGCAGCCACGACGGCGGAGGUGACGUCUUCGGUGCUGUUCAACCCGACGUGGGGGAUCGUACGACCAUCACCAUCACCAGCAGUAGUGACAAGGGAACAGCCUCUGGAGGAGGAAGUGAAGAGCUCGCCGACGCCGUGGACCGCGAUAAUACCGCCAGGCCGCCGGUGCCGCUGUCGGCCACCGACACCCAUCCGUCCGUUAAAGAUUCGUCUGCAGCUCCGCUACUUCUGCCUCCGACGUCGCCGUCACCAUUGGACCUUUCUCCAGGCUCCGGCACCAGGGGAUCUUCCCUCCCCGCCACCAGUCCGCAACACCAGCAACCCCUCCACCACCGCCGUCGCCGCCGUCGGCAGCAGCAGCAACCUAACGAGCCUCGUGCUCUAACGCACAGCAUAGCACCCUCCAAGACUGAUCGCGGCCCUGGCCAGCUAACCUGUAUAGGGACUUCGGGGGAGGGGUGUGUGGAGGGGAAGGGAGGAGGCCUGCGGGCGGAGGGGCCCCCUCCAGGAGCUGCAGCCGCCACAUCCCUCACUGCGGCAGCAGUACGGAGAGUGACGGGGGCAGUGCCGCCGCCGCCGCCAUAUGUGACAUGCCCAGCUGGUGUUCUCACUUGCAGUAGCAGCGGCAAUGGCGGCAGCGGCGGGGACAAUGACGGCAACGGUGGCAGCGGCGGCGAUCAGCCUCCUCCCGGCGGCACGGCGGCUUCCUACCUGGCCCUGUACAGCAAUGAGGUGGAAGCCGACGGCGUAGAUAACCCGCAGGCGGCCUCCAGCGGGACCGCGGCCGAGGGGGCGGAACGCCGGGUAGCUGCAUCGCAGUCACCACAACCGCCAUUAGCAUCGUCGCCGCCGCCGCCGCCACCACUGGCCGCGCGGCCCCGGCGUCAACGUCGGCGAAGGCCAUCGCAGCAGCAGCAGCUGCUGUUGCUGCCUGCAGAUGCACGACCGGCGGAGCCGGCCGAGCCGCCGCCACCGUUACCGACCAGUAGCAGCAGCAGCAGUCAUUAUGUUCUAUGUCCGUCACCUUCCUUAUCUACUGCUACAGCUGCCACCGCCGUCACGACCUCCUCCGAGGCCAAGCCCUCGAGGACGUCGCUUCCGCCGCCGCCGCCGGCAGGCGCCGUGCCAUCUCCACCGUCGCCGCCAGCGGCCCCAGCGCCGCCAGCAGAACGCCCUAGGAGAGCGAAAAAGGGUCGGGGGAAAAGGGAGUCCCUGGCGGCGGCGGACAAGGCCGUACGGCCGCCCACGCGCCGGGAGCUGGCGGCGGCGGCGAGGAAGAAGGCACCCACGCAAGCGGGCCACACGACCGCCGCCAACGCUGCUGCUGCUGCGGCGGCGGCGGCGGCGUCUUCGGCUCCGGGUUGUGGUUGUACGGCGCCGUCGUCCGGCGGUCGUGUGGUGAUGGCGGUUGAAGCUCGUAAAGCUGAGCUGUGGCGGCGAUUGCAAUCCCGGGGCUUCGAGCUCUUCUACAGGCGCGUGAUGAUGUACCGCGUGUGCGAGGGGGAGGUGGACGCGGCGGCGGCGGAGCGGGCGCUGCACGAUGUGGUCAACUACGCGGGGUGUCUG